GUUCUCCUUCCAUUUUGUUUUCACACAAAAGUGAAAAAAAAUAUCUGAAAAAGCAACAGACGCGUAUUCCGACCGAUCAAACAAAAUUUCCACUAUACAGUACAUAUAAUCAUUAUCGAGAAUUGAAACCCGACCGCCACGACGCGCGCAAAAUUAGGACACGCAUAUACUGUAAACCAAAAAGCGGAUAGCACUAGCAUCCCACAUAGAGAGAUAUAGUCAUGGCGCAGAAUAUCAGCCCCGAACAAAGUGGAGGAGCAGGAGGUGGCGGCACCAAGCACAGCGAUGACUCCAUGCCCGUGAAAGACAAUCACGCCGUGAGUAAAAGACUGCACAAGGAACUGAUGAACCUGAUGAUGGCCAACGAGAAGGGCAUCUCAGCGUUCCCGGACGGCGAGAACAUCUUCAAGUGGGUGGGCACCAUUGCGGGACCACGGAACACGGUGUAUUCGGGGCAGACGUACCGCCUGUCCCUGGAUUUUCCCAACUCCUACCCGUAUGCAGCGCCCGUGGUGAAGUUCCUGACGUCCUGCUUCCAUCCCAAUGUUGAUCUGCAGGGCGCCAUAUGCCUGGACAUACUGAAGGACAAAUGGUCCGCCCUGUACGAUGUGCGCACCAUUCUGCUGUCCAUACAAUCCCUGCUGGGCGAACCGAACAACGAGAGUCCACUGAAUGCGCAGGCCGCGAUGAUGUGGAACGACCAAAAGGAGUACAAAAAAUAUCUAGACGCCUUCUAUGAGAAACACAAGGACACCUAGAGUUUGGCAAUCUGAUGUCCUAUUUCCUAUGCUCAUAUUGCGGCGUAUUUAUUUACAUAUAGUGCAAGCAACUCCACUCAUCCGAUCCUACUGCCAACCAACAACCAAUCAUCAAUCACCACCGCAUCACCGUAUCGCCGGAUCAUUGGAUCACCAGAUCAAUUUCAACAACGUUUAAUGCUGAUAGUUCAUUUGGCAGAAGACCCCGUGCAUUUCUUAUGUAAUUGUCGAUCGAUAGACGGAUAAUCUGGUUUUUAUUCUCAUUUUUUUUCCUCCCUACAAAUUAAUGAUAUAUGAAUGUAUUGGUAAUGUAAUUUUAAAACUGUCCGUUCUUUAAGAUUAAGCAUAAAUUUUAGUUAAUUGUUUUUA